GGAAGGUGAGCAGCAGCUCAGAUUGUUGGGAUCUAAAGCAGUCACACGUCUGAGUUUGGACUCGGAAACGUCGGAGAUCGACUUGACAAGACAGCACGACGGCGGCUGAAGCGAGCAGGUGUCCAGGAAGUAUCCGGAUGGAGACUGGGGAUGACUGUGUCCUCCGGUCCCGCUGCCGAGCCAUCCCUAAGAUGCCCUCCUUCCCUGAUUUGGACAGCUCUUUGAAAGGGGAGUGCAACCAGGGAGAGCAUCAGCAAAGCAAUGGAGACAACCACAUCACCAGCAAUGGAAAAAUUGAAGUGGAACAUGUGAUCAGCAAAAAGCUACAACUGAAAAGGAAAGCGGAGUACCUGAAGAGUGACCUGAUGCGUCAGUUUGACAGUCAGGUUAACAACUUCAUGGACAGUCUUAUCGAGGAGUCGGCCAGCCUGGAGCCUGCACCCGUACCUGCUGUCUUCUCACCUCCGCUGUCAGACAAGGAGAGGAGCAAACUCAGGCAUUUUCGGCCUCCCCAUGGCCAGGGCAAGCACUUUGUCAGUCGCAGGUCCCUCCUAGAUGAGCUGUUUGAGGUGAACCACAUCAGGACCAUCUACCACAUGUUUAUUGCCGUGCUCAUUCUCUUUAUCCUCAGUACACUGGUGGUAGAUUUCAUUGACGAAGGCAGACUGGUGCUGGACUUUGACCUACUGGUCUAUGCGUUUGGACAGUUCCCUCUGGUGGUGUGCACAUGGAUCUGCAUGUUCCUGUCUGUGUUGCUGGUUCCCUUCACCCUGUUCCACCUCUGGUCACAGACCCAGUCUGGGUCUUAUAGUCACCCCAGGUUGUUCAGUUUGCUUUUUGGCUCUGUGUUCCUGCUCUUCCAGGCCCUGUGUGUGGGUUUCCUGCCUACAUAUGUGGUGGUGACCAACAGUUUGCCACCUGCAUCCUGCUUCAUCAUCAUCCUGGAACAGGUGCGUCUCAUGAUGAAAGCCCACUCCUUUGUCAGGGAGAAUGUACCAAUAGUCCUCAACUGGGCUAAAGACAAGAGCAGCCCCAGUCCAGUGGUCCCUCAGGUUUCUCAGUAUCUCUACUUUCUGUUUGCACCCACACUCAUCUACAGAGACAAAUACCCCAGGAACCCAGUGAUCAGGUGGGGUUAUGUGGCCACAAAGUUACUUCAGGUACUAGGCAGUCUGUUUUAUGCCUAUUACGUGUUUGUGCGGCUGUGCAUCCCUCAGUUCCACAGCAUCAGUCUGCAGCUGUUUGACCUAAGGGCCAUGGUCCUCUGUGUCUUUAACUCCAUCUUGCCAGGAGUGUUGGUUCUCUUCCUGGCAUUCUUUGCCUUCCUUCACUGUUGGCUUAAUGCUUUUGCUGAGAUGCUCCGCUUUGCUGACAGGAUGUUUUACAAGGAUUGGUGGAAUUCGACCUCUUUUGCCAAUUACUAUCGCACUUGGAACGUCGUGGUCCAUGACUGGCUGUACUACUAUGUGUACCGGGACUUCCUGUGGAUGUCUCAGAAGCGUUGCAGACCAGCAGCCAUGCUGUUUGUGUUUACAGUAUCUGCUGUGGUCCACGAGUACAUUCUUGCUAUCUGCUUCGGUUUCUUCUAUCCCGUGCUCUUCUGCCUCUUCAUGUGCUUUGGAAUGAUGUUCAACUUCAUUCUGCAUGACCAAAGGAAAGGUCCCAUCUGGAACAUAAUCAUGUGGACAUCCCUCUUCCUGGGUCAGGGAGUCAUUAUCUGUCUGUACUCCCAGGAGUGGUAUGCCCAGCGCUACUGCCCCCUGAAAGAGCCUUCAUUCUUUGAGUUACUGAAGCCCCGCUCCUGGAGCUGUCAGAGAGGGCCGAUGGUGGAUUCUGAUAGGCUGUGAUCUACGUUUGGACCACUGCCGAGGACCAUCACCCAUCAGUUUAAAUUGGACCGGCCUUUCUGUUACUGUCUUAACUUCUGGUCUUUCACGUUUUAGUUUAUUGCACUAAGGUCUUUACUCUAACAGCAAAGUCAAAAUGAUGCCUUACUUACCCAUUUUAUGUUUUCAAAAACAAACCCAACAAAAUUACAAGUUCACAUAAGACCACAUGUGAACUCUUAUUUUUAUGUACUAUUUAAUUUACAGUUGCAUUCCCAUUACGUUUUGCCUUGAUCAACUGUGAAACCACUCCUUGUGCCAAUGUGAUAGUGGCAAUCAUGAUAUGGCAGCUGAAUACAAACAUCAUUCACAUAUGCAGUAAUAGUUCAUAUUUAACAAAGUUUGCAACUACUAUUCUAUUAUAAAUAACAUUUAAUAUGUUGUUUGGAAAGACUUUAAAUGUUAUUUAUGUUCACUGCCAGUAAGAUUUAUUUUGAAAAAUGGCUACUGUUUGGUGUUUUGUAUAAAUCUAUGAAGAACUCUGUAUUAUAACUUAAAGAUUGCGGUCAACUUCUCUGAAGAGCAAAAUGAAGGUGGCUUUUGACAUGCUGAUAUAGUUGGGAAAUAAUUUUAUAGUAAAUCUGAAACUGUGAUGCAGAGCUUAGAAAGAUUGUGUUACAUAUGUACAAUGUUUCCCAAAAACUAGUUUAAUACUCACUUUUCUCUUGUUCUCCAGCUGUCAGUCCACAAGGAGGUGGGGCACUCUUUAAAAAUCACGACACUAAACUCCAUCAAACAAAAUGCUAAACAAAUUAGAGGUGACGAUCCUGCUGUAAGGAGUUAAUGUAUUCUGUGACUGCUGAAUGUAUUCUUGAUGCUUUGAAUAUUUUCAGUUAUGGAGAAUAUUUCUUGCGAACCUAAAUUAUGUUUUAUUUUAUUCAUUACCAAUGUUGAAAGUUGUGUAAAGGUGAAAUACUACAAAAUAACUACUACUGUAACUGUUGCAGCUGGCUGCUUGAAUGUUAUAACACUGAAUUAGUGAUGAUACUUGAUUAGUACUAAGGGCUACAGUUUGCUUUGUCAGACACUGGGUAGAUUAAAUGAGACAGUGUUUUGUUGUUGAAAGCACACAAGUAUACAUUUUACAGUACAGUGAUUUCCGUGUCAAACUAAUAGAAUAAGGAAUGUUUAUACACAGUGUGCUUAUAGUUCUUGUGGUCUUGAAAUAAUGUGUUUACACAUUUGUAUUUUUGUUGUUGAAGAAAUCACAAAGUUAAUGCACAGUAAAUGUUGCCAAUUCUCACAUAUUCCAAUCCAGGGAGACUAUGUGAAUAAUGAGAUGCACAAUACAAAGUAAAAAACCAGCAAUGGAAAAUUCUGCACUUUCAAAAACUGUAUGACCACAAGGUGGCACUGUAUUAACAGCUUUUACUUUUGAUCCUUCCUCUGCUCAAUUUGGCUGUUAAUUGUGGUCAGGAGCUGGAGAGUCCAGGCAACCCAUACGAUUUUUUUAUUAACAAACACAAGUACCAGCAAUUUAUUUUUAUAAUAUGUACAGGUAAUAGAGAAAUAUUGGGAUUCCCUGUAGUAUAAUAAGUAACUCUUGAGAAGUCCACAUUUGGCUGAAGCUUUAAUUGUGCUUUAUGCCUCCGAGAUUUUGUUAACAAGGAUAAUAUUUAUGGUAGUGAAAAGAGCCAAGCUGCAGAAAUGCUGUUUAUUUAGAUGAAAUAUUUAUUUUUGGGAGCUGAGCAUUGCCUACUUACUUACAGUCAUAUUUGUGUUGAUUGUGAUCUCUUUUUUUUCUUGCCUUGAAUAGCUCAUUGUGUCUGGUGAUCAUUUAAUGAAUCAGUAUGUUGUUCUAUUUUUGGAUGUAGACAAAUAUAUUCUUUAAAGACACAUCAAAUUAUAAGAGCUAUUGAGAAUAAAACAUGAUGUAUGCUCUUUA